AUGUUCGGGGUUGUAAAUACAUUGAAAAAUCAAUUUUUCAAUUCCAAUUUAAAAAUAAUAAGUAACGUUAUUCAGCACAAUGGCAUGUCCCAAUACCCCACUUACUUCAUCCAACCUGUGUACAAGAAAGAGAGCCAGGAAGAGCUGAUUAAAAGCGGCGAACUACAAAAAUUGACCCAUUUGCCAACGCGAGCGGCUCUAGUAGAUCAGACAUGUUCUGCAUCCCACGAUCCUUUAGUUAGCUUAUUCAUCAACUACUGUAUGAGAAAAGGCGACAAAAUCCUAGCCCGUGAACUGGUAGAAACGUGUUUCGAGAACAUAAAAAGAAUGCAAAUAGAAAAAUACCAUAAAACGACCGGCGAAGAGAAUAAAGCUAAGAUAGACCUAGACCCUAAAAGUAUAUUUCAUAAAGCCAUAGAAAACUGUAAACCGGUACUAAUGUUAACACCGAUAAAAAGAGGUGGAGUACGAUACCAAGUGCCUGUACCUAUAAAAGAUAAAAAAGCUCAGUUUUUAUCGAUGAAUUGGUUAAUAGAUGCAGGAAUGGAUAAAGACAAGAAAGUUAGAUUUCACCUGCAAUUAGCCCGAGAACUAAUAGACGCCUCUAACAACACCGGUCGAGUGGUCAAAAAGAAGCACGACCUGCACAGACAAUGCGAGGCCAAUCGAGCAUACGCCCAUUACAGAUGGAGUUAA